UUCCAUGAUUUCCCCUUCUCUCUCCUUCAACUAACUUCUCUGGAAUUUCACAUACUUUGAUAUACAGUACUUCAUUUCGAUAUCCACAUAGCUCAAAACUCAUUUCUAUCACAACCCCCAACAACCCUUUUUUUCUCUCUCUAAUUUUCAAGAUGUUUCAACGGUCAAAGGAGAGAGAAAAUGAGAGAAGAGUGAUUUUGCUACUAGGGUUUUUCCUCUUAACAUGGGUUUCUUCAAUUGAAUCCAGAUUUGUUGUGGAGAAGAACAGUUUGAGGGUGACAUCACCUGAUGAUGUUAAGGGUACUUAUGAUACUGCCAUUGGUAACUUUGGAAUUCCUCAAUAUGGUGGUAGUAUGGCUGGUACUGUAAUUUAUCCUAAAGAUAACAAAAAAGGGUGCAAAGAUUUCAGUGAUUUCAGCAUUUCAUUCAAGAAGAAGCCUGGUCAAUUACCCACCUUUGUUCUUCUCGAUCGCGGAGAUUGUUUUUUUGCUUUGAAGGUGUGGAAUGCCCAGGAAGCUGGUGCUGCUGCUGUCCUUGUUGCAGAUGAUGUUGAUGAAGCACUGAUAACCAUGGAUACACCUGAAGAGGAUACUGUAUCUUCAAAAUACAUUGAGAACAUUACCAUACCUUCUGCCCUUAUAGAGAAGAGUUUUGGUGAAUCUCUGAAAAAAGCGUUUAACAAGGGAGACAUGGUUAAUGUGAAUCUUGAUUGGAGAGAAGCUGUUCCUCACCCUGAUGAUCGAGUAGAAUAUGAGCUAUGGACCACUAGCAAUGAUGAAUGUGGGGUCAAAUGUGAGAUGUUGAUGGGGUUCAUGAAGGAUUUUAAAGGUGCUGCUCAGAUACUUGAAAAGGGGGGUUAUACUCAAUUCACACCACAUUAUAUCACAUGGUAUUGUCCUCAGGCUUUUACUAUAAGCAAACAGUGCAAAUCACAGUGCAUCAAUCAUGGAAGAUAUUGUGCCCCGGAUCCUGAGCAAGAUUUCAGCAGAGGCUAUGAGGGUAAGGAUGUGGUGAUUGAGAACUUGAGACAGCUGUGUGUCUUUAGAGUCGCGAAUGAGACAAGGAAGCCCUGGGUUUGGUGGGAUUAUGUUAAUGAUUUCCAGAUAAGAUGUCCCAUGAAAGACAAGAAGUACAAUAAGGAUUGUGCUGAGGGGGUAAUCAAAUCAUUGGGAGUUGAUUUAAAGAAGAUUGAGAAGUGUAUGGGAGACCCAGAAGCUGAUGAGGAUAAUCCUGUCUUGAAAGAAGAGCAGGAGGCACAGAUUGGCAAAGGAGCAAGGGGUGACGUAACCAUACUGCCCACACUCGUUGUUAACAAUCAUCAGUAUCGAGGGAAGUUGGAGAAAGGAGCUGUGUUGAAGGCUAUAUGUUCUGGUUUUGAGGAAACUACAGAACCUUCUGUUUGCUUGAGUGAUGAAAUUGAAACAAAUGAAUGUUUGGAUAACAAUGGUGGCUGUUGGCAAGACAAAGCUGCCAAUGUCACUGCAUGCAAGGAUACAUUUCGUGGAAGGGUAUGUGAAUGCCCCCUUGUAAAUGGUGUGCAGUUUCGAGGAGACGGCUACAGUUCAUGCAAACCAAAUGGACCUGGUAAAUGCAAGAUGAACAAUGGAGGCUGUUGGCAUGAAAGUCGUCAUGGGCAGACGUUCACAGCUUGUAUGGAUCCUGAAGAUACCUGCAAAUGCCCUCCAGGAUUCAAGGGUGAUGGUGUGAACAGUUGUGAAGACAUUGACGAAUGCAAAGAGAAAAAGGCUUGCCAGUGCUCUGACUGUAACUGUAAGAAUACAUGGGGUAGCUAUGAGUGUACAUGCAGCGGAGAUCUGCUCUACAUGAAGGACCAUGAUACCUGCAUAAGCAAAUCAGCUGCACAGGCCAAGUCAGCAUGGGCAGCUGUAUGGCUUAGUUUGAUAGGUUUGGCAAUGGUUGCUGCUGGGGGUUAUCUCUUUUACAAGUACAGGAUCAGGCAAUACAUGGAUUCAGAAAUCAGAGCUAUAAUGGCUCAAUACAUGCCGCUGGACAGCCAGACUGAAAUCCCCAAUCAUUCAGAUGAUCGAGCAUGAAAAUGAGUGUCUCCAUUGUUACUUGUGAUAAGAAGGGGAUUUGGCUUGUUUAUUUGCUCUCCCCUAUCAUCCUGUGGAUUUGAGUGUACACCACCUCUCUGUAAAUUAUGCCGGAGAAUAAGAUUACCAUAGGAUUUCUUUUUGCAGAUAUUUAUUCGGACUGUGAAAUGAUGUAGUGUUGUAGUUUGCAUUUAGAGAAAAAACUGUGCUGACUACUGGCUUCCUUGUCCAAAUAGAAACUCUGCAUCUAGUAUA